AUGUCUGUGAAUAUAGUUAUUAAGAGUCAGGCCAUAUUGACGAUAAAGAAGCCUGCAGGCGGUAUAAUACACCCUCGUUUCUUUGGCGAGACCGGAGCCCGAGAGCCAUGGAUAAGGAGUGUGAAUAUAGCCGUCGCUCGGCGUGUUACCGCUGCCACUCGCAGAAACUGUGUAGCGGCGGCGUAUACUCAUGAUCUCGCGCUUCGUCGAGGGGUGCCAGAAUGGCUACAAGGGGUUCGAGUCAACACCCCCCAGCUCCGAAACGCAUGGCCGACAGAGCAAUUGGCACCUAAAGUUGUCCCGACCGGUUUUCCCCUUCGAUGA